CAGACCCACACAGACAAGGACAGACGGACAUCAGAGCUGAAAUGUCCCUGCAGACAGAAAGUACCAACACCUUCAAACUGGACACUUUGUCCUCCUGUAACAGAUUGAAGGGCAUGUGAGGCAACAAAAUGGAUGAUUUAGACCACAGCAUUCACAUUUCAGAAUACGACUGGACAAGCUUCUAUGAGGACAGUGAGGAGUGUGAUCUGUUGCAGCCUUCGCUGGCCUGUGCCGAUCACUCAACCCUCAGUGAUUCAGAGGAUUCAGGAAACUCAAGUCCAGUCUUCAUCACAGGACAGCGUGAGCUGCAACAGAGCCCAGAUGUAAACACUGAUAAAAAUGAAAUCAGCAUUGCACCAUGGUGUGCGAAAGAAGUGCAGAAUAAUCCGAGUAACCCAGGGGAAGAAAAAGACAAUCAAAACAAAAAGGCUGAAGAAGACAGCGAGGCCCGAGUGAGCUAUGAAAUUGGCCUCAAUUCUCCUGAGGGAAACACAGAAGAGGUGCACGGCAGGGCUGCAGGGGACGCAAACCAUGAUGUCACAACCACACUGAAAACUGAGCAAAUAAACGCUCAGUCAUCUUUUGGAGAAGUAGUCGAGCUGAAAGAAGACAAUGGAGACUUGCAAACAGAGAGUGACACUUGUGAACUCAAACCCAUUCAAGAAGCUGACCCACUUUCUUGUAACCAAACAGAACUUAAUGUGAAUGAGCUUCACAGUGCAGACAGAGCAAAGAGCGAGGAUGUGAGCAGUGUUGCUUUAAGAGCUGAAAGGGAGCGUUGGUUCGUGACAGUGAACGACAGUCCAGCACGACAGCGGGUGCGUGUGCCCUCUGGGAAAAAAAAACGAAGACAAAAAAAAUCUAGGAGGGACAGUUACAUGUGCAGAACAAGCAGGCAGGAGAAUUCCUUUGAACAUGGGUCAACAAUGGAGAAAAACACAGAUAAUAGGGAUCCUGACAUAUGUGACGGGCAUUCAAAUGAAGAAAAUGCUGAAAGAAUUAAGAUAGGAGCUUUAUCAGAUUUAUCACAAAUGUCUUCGACAUCAGGCGAAGAAGAAGACAGUUCAUCAGGUAAAAUUAUGUCUCUUAAAGAAGUUUUCACAUUUCAUGACACAUUCACACCCAAAGGCCCUUCCCGGUUUGACAGUGUUGAGUCUGAAGAUGGAACAGAGUACCUUUCUACUCACAGCUAUGAUUCUGAAAGCUAUCUGUCAGCAGCUGAAUCGAUGGACGAACUUCAGCAUUUUCUCAUAGAUAACCAACCGAUGCAGAGGUUAGUGUCCUCAGCAAAAACCAGCUCCCAACAUGACCUGAUUGAACAUACCGAUUCUGACACACAGGUCGUAGAAUUGACUUCAGAUGAUGGCACUGUCUCUUCCAGUGCGACAGCUACAAGCCCUGAAGGUCAUGAAAGCCCAAGUGUUGAGCUUAGCCAAACCUUUCCAUCUCUAGGCCAAAGAGUUAACAAAACGCCAGAUGACAACUCUGCAUGUGUCAAUGACCCUCACAGCAAAGUACCCUGCUUGUCCUUGCACACCACUGGACUCGAAAAACAUGAAAUUAAUCUUCCAGCAUCUGCUUGCUCUUCAGGAGAUCAGCUCAGCCCUCUUACUGUCCCCCAUUUAACUCUAACACCAUGCUCAGUGGCUGAUGGCCCUGGAACAUAUGCUGAAGCUGCAGGAAACACUCACCCUGUGUUUGCCAUUUCUUCUUUUUGGGAUGAAAUGGAAAAACUGACAAUUAAUGACAUUUUGCAGCUUAGGAUGGGUAAGAGCCCACCUCUCGGGGAGACACAAGAAGCAGUGACACCAGAUGUUGGCGGUUUCCAAACAAAUCACAGCACUUUAGCAGAAACGGAGUAUAAUUUUUCUCAUGGCGGUUUAAUGGAUACAUCCGACACUGCCGAUUCAGACUACUUCACGCAAGCUGACGAAUCCAAGCCAGAUCGCUCAAGCUGUGAGUUUUCCACCUCCGACUUUGAAGAAGAGUACUGGCAGUUUCUCUGCGCCAGUAGAAACCAAAGUCCGGACCCUAAAAGUGAACACCAACAAAGGGCUACAGAGUCUCCUUUCCCUGAGGAAGAGGAAUCCACAUGCUCUGAAGGGAAGGAGACACCUGUUCCCUCAGAGGACUUUACAGGGCAUCUCUUCAAGGAUCAGAGCUGCAGUGCGUUCAGUUCAGGAGAACUUUCGUGUCCUAGACAGAUAACAAAAAGCAAAAGUGUGCGCAAUGUACCAGCUCUCAAUACAGAAGAUUUAUCUUUGCAGUUGCUACUUGGUAAUGAUGACAGCAGUCUGUUUCUCAGCAGCUGUCCAUCUCUGGCAGAAGACGUGGCUCUAGAAGCGAGUGACAGCCUGGGAACAUUGGUUUCUGCAUCUUUUCUAUCCAGCACACAUGUAUUCAAUGAACUUUGUCCAACAUCCUUCUCUGGGGGGUCUGAAUACCUCUUUAACGAUCAGACAGAGAAGGAGAGCUGUGUCACCAUCUAUGAUCCAGAGAGCUCAUUGGCACCAGCGUUAAACUACACUCUUUGUCAAUCAGAAGAAGAAAAGUCCUUCUUUUCCCUCCAGGAUUGCCAGUGCAGCGAUGUAAAACCCAUUCCCAUUUUCUCUUGUUCCCACCCUACUGUCCGAGAACUCACAUUCCCCAAUCUGGACUAUGCUUUCUUCAGCUCAGACAAGGGAGACAAUGACAUCUCACCUAUAAGAAUUGUGUCUUGCACCUUUAUUCAGGGCUGUAUACUUGGGACAUCUGCGCCAAACCUACAUGGUUUUCCCAGUUUACUGUCCAUAAGGAAGAUCAACUUCCGUAACAAAGGUAGUAUCUGGUGUGGAAGCUCUGGUGCUUGGGUGUUUCCAGCUGAAACAGUGAAUAAACUCAUAAAGGGAGAGGAGCCUCCACUGAUGGUGCUUGGUAAGGAGAGUGUCUCUUCAGCUCCCCAUCAGUUAUUUGAAGAGCUAGCAAUGCAGCAGGGGAUUUUAGGAACCAUUCAAACAACAAGGAGAGAGAGCAUCUUCUCAGCCCUGAAGCAGUCAGAUAUGUGUUUGGUGUGCAUUGCGUUUGCCUCGUGGGUUUUACGGUCGUCUGAUCCAGAGGCCGCUGAUACCUGGAAAGCAGCUCUGCUAGCAAAUGUGAGUGCACUGUCAGCGAUCCAGUACCUACGGCAGUAUGUGAAGAAAAAACCUUCGUGAGAUGAUCCCUGACAUAAGCCAUUGAGAGAUUCCAGAAAUUUCCGAACCUUCUCCCCUGGGUCCACACACUGUACAUACACUGUACAUUUAUAUAGCCAUUACAGAUGAUGCUUUGGUUUCCAGAGUUACAAUACAGCGUGUAAGAAGUCUGUUAAUAACUGCUUUUUAAUGAACUGAAUCAUAAUGAUCAGUAUUACAGAACUGUCGUUCACAAUGUAUAGGUAUCAAGUGUUGGCUACUAAAAUGUACAGAAAUAUGUUUUUUUGUUGAUAUUACUCUUUUAGAGAACAAAAAUUAACAAUGAGCUGUGCAAAUUUGGAGAAUAUUUACAUGUACACCACUGGUUUGACAAGAGAAAGUACUACAAAAGCUAGUUGGAAUAGAAAUGUAAUUUCCAGAAAAUAAAUAUUGAAAUAUUAAGUUCUUCCUGUUUAAAAAGUAGCUGGAUAGCAGUUUGUACAUUACAUGGUCUGUUUGGUCCAGGGUAGACAACAAUGUCUAAUGUGAUAUGAUGCAUCGUGUUAUUUGAAUAAGAAACACAGCAUAUCAUCAGCCGUACUAGCCAACAGGAAAACAUCUCAGCAGUAUUCAAACUUUAAGCAACUGUGCCUUUUCAGUUCUUAGUUAACCAAAGUUAACAUAUGGACCAUUCUCUGUAAGUACAGAAACUUUUUCUUAAUUUCCAAAUUCAUGCAAGAUGUUCUUUUGUUCCAAACUGGUGGCUUUGUGUUCAUUCAGCAGCAAAAGAGCUAAGUUUCGAUGGCUGUCUGUGAUGUGUUGGGCAGAUUCUAGAUGUAGAUGGUACUUCUUUUUAGGAGAUUGAAAAGGUAUGUAAGUUUUUGUUGUAGAUACUGCAUUGGCCUGGUUAGUAGGUUGUAAGAAAGGAUUCAGUAAGUGACUGUGAGCUGAGCAUGAAGAGUCUGAAUUGCUGGUACCAAUUUUCCUUCUCCUACUGAUUAAGUCUAAACCUGAAUGACUACCUGAUGCAGGUGAGCAGUGUUAUGUGAUUUUUAGACCAUUUUGGCCUUAGAAGAUAAAAAUAUACAGUAUUGAUCUUCACCAUCAUGGAAAAUGCAAAGAUUUAGGACAAAAAACGAAUGUAAAAAUAAGCAGAUUUUUUAGUCUUUGUUCUUUCUGCUGUGUAUGUAAAACAUGUUGUGUUAAGCUUUAAAAGUAGAUAAUUUAUACAUUUUCAGAUUUGUGUUUGAUGUAGCUCCGUUUCAUGCUUUAUGUUUAUGCUCAAAUUAUGCAGUUGCCACCAUCAGUUAAAAAUGUUAAAAGAAAUACAAGAAAAUUGUAUUGUUUAAAAUUGAAAAUUGUUUAAAUACUGUUGUAAAAGAAGACUUGGUAAAUAUAAUGUCACAUGAUGUCAGUGGUUCUCUACUGGUGGGUCAGGACACAAAAGUGGGUUUCAGAGCCAUUUUCAGUGGGUCUUAAAUGUGUACAAAAAAACACAGUCCAAAAAGUCUAUGACGCACUUUAAAAAUGUUUGAUUCUGAUUUGAUUU